GUUGAUGAUAGGUCCCAGUCUCACCGACAAUAUGGUUUCCACUAAUUACCACAGCCACAAAGUUAAAAUUGUCUAGGCAUAAGGUUAGCAGGGUGGUUAAGGUUAGAGUUAAGGUUAGGUUUAAAAUCACAUUUUAAGAAAAUACAUUGUAGAAAUAGGUGGGGUUUAUGACUUUGUGGCUGUGGUAACUAAUGACGUCCAAUAGAUAUGGCAACCAACGAGGGGUCAGAACCUGAAUAUGUUGAUAUUUCUAAAAUAAACGUAGGUCAAGGCGAAGGUUACGAAAAGAAAUGCAUAUUCUGCAAGGUUGUCAACAAUGAGAUGGGCACGGAGAUUCUUCAUGUUGACGAGGAGGUAUCUUGCUUCAGGGACAUCAAGCCUGGAGCUCCCCAUCAUUACCUGGUUGUGCCCACGAGACAUGUUGGAAACUGUAAAUCCCUCAGUAAAGAGCAUGUGUCAUUAGAGAAGAUGGUGGAGAUAGGGAUGGAGAUCCUUCAGAAGAACAAUGUCUUAGACCUCAGCGAUGUUAGGUUUGGCUUCCACUGGCCCCCAUUCUGUUCUGUCUCUCACCUGCAUCUCCAUGUGUUGGCACCUGCCAGUCAAAUGGGCUUCAUGUCCCGCCUCUUCUACAGACCCAACUCCUAUUGGUUUGUCACGGCGGACCAGUUGAUUCAGCAGCUGAACUCUUAAGGGAGAGACCAACUGAAUCGUGGGUUGCAGUCUGGGCUGGUUCAGUGAGAAACGGGGUUACCUUACUAGUAGUGAAGUAGUGAGCAGGUCAGGACUGGUCUGGUCUUCCUCCGUGGUUCUCUGUGUGAGUGUACUGUACUCCCUAGCAGGUUACAGUGAGACUAGUGAUGAUGUUACAAAUCAACUCAACUGAGGUUUUUAAUUCUAGUAUCAAACAGCCAAAUCAGAAAUUAAGACAAAUAUUUUUUCCUUUCUUCUAAUUUUAAAGACUUUUAUGAAAAUUACCAAUUGUUACGCUUUAUUUUUCUUUUACCAUGGUAUAUGAAAUUGUAAUGACUGGAAUGAUUUUGGGGUCAUUUUUCCCGUGGUAAAGAAAGAUAUCAAAGUGAUACAAAUAUACAUGUUUGUGCAUAGGCUUCAGUAUUAAUGUAAAGAACAAUUAGUAACGUAAAGGCAUUCCUAAGUGAUCAUGACCAGGAGACCUGAGAAUGGUAAGUGAAUGGGAUGUAUUGGGACUGGGAAACAUACUGUAAGUGUCAUUGCAGGAUACCUUUGAUAAAGAUGAGUAAUGCAUGUGCAUUGUGCCACUGGCCGGCAUCUCAAAUGGCACCCUUUUCCUAUAGGGCUCAAAAGUAGUUCAAUGAAUAGUGUGCCAUUCACGAUGCAGUCACUGUCAACAGGAUCCUGUAUUAUGAGGUAAAAUAACUGAAAGCAGAGAAACAUAAUGAGAAGUAUGAGCUCUUUUAGGCCUCAGUCAAGUGGUCAGAAAAGCAACUGUUUUGCAUGAAUGGUAAUCAAUCAUAUAUGAUCAAAGAGUAAAAUGGAAGUAUACACUGGUGUGGAGGUUUAAUAUAUUCACUGAAUAAUACUUACAUUACUAAUUCAUCAAGAUACAUAAUAGUAGGAGCUCAGUCAUCCAUAAACAAUUGUUUGAGUCACACAUUCUUUUAACACAAUACACUACAUUAACUGUGUUAUUUGAUUAUGAAUGUUGGAGAGUGAUUCUUAAUUUUGUUAUGCACUGCAGCCUGAUGGAACACUCAACAAAGUAAUUAUUUAAAAAAAUAUAUAAAUUUGACCUUUUAUUUAACUAGGCAAGUCAGUUAAGAACAAAUUCUUAUUUACAAUGACGGUCUAGGAACAGUGGGUUAAUUGCCUUGUUCAGGGGCAGAACGACAGAUUUUUACCUUGUCAGCUCUGGGAUUCGAUCUAGCAACCUUUCGGUUAUGUAAUGUAUGUUUAGUUGUAUGCUGCUGCAUGAAAUUGAGAGCGUCAUGUGUUUGUAUUUAUUGGUUGACGUGUCGCUGUAAAAAAAUCUCAACAUGUAUUUAUGUAAAUGGUUGUUCAUGGUUAGGUUAAAUAAAUGAUGCAUUGCUGCCUCCA